AUGUCUCUUCAUGGUUCCCCCGCCAUGCCCCUGAAUGGUUCCUCAUUAGAUACCAUCGAAAACUCCAUGGAAACUAUCGAUCAUCCCGAGUAUCAGACCACCUUCUCCAUUGCCGCUCGAUAUCUUCUCGAUCCGCUUAGUAAACUAUCACAGCAACAUCCAACUCUUCAUCAAGCUCUACAGGGCCGUCUAGAGACAGCAUUCGCAUAUCGAAACAACGAACCUAUUUCGCGAUGUGAGCAUACUGUAUUUGACGGAGUGGAAUUCGGGCGAACUGACGGCAUGAUUUAUCAGUAUGAGAACAACAGUGCACAGGUUGAUUUCUACGAUCCACCGGUCGACAACACCAUAAAUCGCAUGGAUGGAAUUUGUAAAACUCUAGGAAUCCGUCUGGAGAUUUAUGGUAUCCUCGGAGCUGGUACUGUUUAUCUGGCCCGUGAACGCCACAAUGGAUUUAGUGACCCUAAUAAACUAAAGCAUUUUGCCAUCAAGGUCGAACCACAUGAGACAAUCAGUGCGGAGCCUGCUGAUUGGGACCCAGUUCCGUUCUACGACAACGGAAACGCCGAUUGUCACAUUCCUACUGAAGCCUUAUAUCUUCUUUUCCUUUCUCACAGUGACCGGUUCCCGAAACUAGACUCGGUAUAUCUACAUGAUAGAUUUCAGUCGAUCGUCAUGUCUGCAUCCGUUGACCCGUCUCUAGACCGGCGAUUUAGAUAUCCCGAUACUGCCCGCCGAUUCCCCCCGUUCACUGGCCGAUAUCUUAUGAACAGUGACCAUACACCUCUUCUAGAUGAGAUGCAAGCUUGCAAGGUUGCCUCACAACUUCUUGAAGGUAUCGUUGAACUGGCUCAGAUCAACCUAGUCCAUUUAGAUCUUUCCAUCACUAAUUUCCUUAUCGAUGCGCAUCUUAAUGUCCAGCUAAUCGAUCUAGGUCAUGUCGGGUUUGGAUUGGAGAGUGACGACUUCAUUGAAAAUACUUAUUCCUAUCUUCCUUUCCAAGAGUACCAAGUCUCGCCUGAGGUUGCCUGUUUUUUACUUCGACCGGAGAAUCAGGAUCGUAACUGGGAAAGAAGACCACAGAUGGUCUUAAGGCUUCAAAAUGAUGUGCGCAAGAAUAUGAUCUGGAAAUUCGGGGUUCUUCUUUACGGCAUUCUUCACGGAUACUGGCCUUGGUAUGACCCUCGAGUUCAACAAAACGAUUUACUAUUUUUUGAUGGGCAGAGUAAUGAUGAAGUCCAUUGUCGACGAAUCAGAAUGCUAUAUGAGGAUCUACCCAUUAGGGAAGAUCUGUCGCAAGAUUGCAAGGAUCUGCUAACCCAUCUCUUCCAGAAAGAUCCGAAUGAUCGGCCAUCUUUAGAAACUCUGGUCUGUUGUCCGUGGUUCUCUCAGUGGACCUAUCAGAACCGUGUGUAUGAGCGCCCCUUCUCACAACGAUUCCAGAACUCCUUUUCGGCACCUGGUAGAGUACCAGGCUAA